UCCCCUCCCCUCCCCGUUAUCACCACACAGAGGGUCUAACGCUCGCACCAGAAUGGAGACUAAACCGGUCAUCACCUGCCUUAAAACCCUCCUCAUCGUUUACUCCUUCGUGUUUUGGAUAACAGGAGCCAUCCUGCUGGCAGUGGGAGUAUGGGGGAAGUUGAUGCUAGGCCCUUACAUCUCUCUGAUCGCCGACAACUCCACCAAUGCCCCGUACGUCCUCAUUGGCACCGGGACCGUCAUCAUCGUUUUUGGCCUGUUUGGAUGCUUCGCCACCUGCAGAGGAAGCCCAUGGAUGCUGAAGCUGUAUGCCAUGUUUCUGUCGCUGGUCUUCCUCGCUGAGCUCGUGGCCGGAAUCUCUGGAUUUGUGUUUCGUCACGAGAUAAAGGGAACCUUUCACAGGACGUACACUGAUGCAGUCUUGAACUACAAUGCUGAGGAUGAGGCGAGCCGUGCUGUUGAUAACAUCCAGCACAGGCUGCGCUGCUGUGGAGUGUAUAACUACACCAGCUGGCUCGGCAGUGUGUAUUACCCAUCUAACGGCAUUCCCGCCAGCUGCUGCUUCAACUCCUCUGACUGCAACUUAGACGACCUCCGCAAUUCCACUGUAGCUCCGAGCAAAGUCUACCACCAGGGCUGUUAUGAACUGGUCACUUCGUUCAUGGAAACCAACAUGGCUAUUAUCGCCGGAGUGACGUUUGGGAUCGCCUUCUCUCAGCUGAUUGGCAUGUUGCUGGCGUGCUGUCUGUCCAGGAUCAUCACAGCCAAUCAGUAUGAGAUGGUGUAGCUGAUGGGACAUGGCAGGGAGAUGCAGAGAAGAAGAGACGAGGAGCCUCGACACAUGACAAGAGUAAAUUCCUGAAACUCCCAUCACGUAUCUGAAUUAGAAUUCACCUCCUGCGUCUCUCUGCCCGAUCUUCAUGUAAAAUCUUGUUGUAUCUUAUUGUAAAGCACCAUUCCUUGACUCACUGCUGUUGCAUCAAAGCGUUCAACACACCACAUCCCACUGCUGCUUGAUGUAGAAGUUGCUCAUUAGCACAUAUCUCAGACCUGAAAACAGGCCGCUACAGUCGUCGGUGGUGAUGGUCUCAGAUAGGGUGCAGCUUGACUUCUUUUGUUGGUUACAGCAUGUUUCAUCCAGCGUCAUAAGAGGAACACUGCACUUCUUUGUACAGAAUGACACAAACUAAAGCUUGGAAGUACUUUAAUAGAUAGGUUUAGUUUUGCAUUUGACUUUGCUAUUGCUUAUCAUUGUAUAUUAUUAAUAUGGUUGUGACAUGCACACUGAUUAUGCGUUCUGUGGAUGAUCAUUUAUAUGAAAACAAAGAAAAGAAGUGUUGGAAUCAUUCGAGAGUUUUUAAGCUUAAGACAAAGCCUGUUUUUUUUGUUUU